CUUACGCUUUUCUGUCGUUAUAAGCGCGCGGACACGAGGUCCGGCAGUUGCCGUCCUCACAAUUGUUCUGAUUUCUCAUUUUCUAUGGCCAUCAUAUGUCCUUAAGCAUUCGGGGCAACUUCUUUCAUCAGACUGCCAUCUUUCCUCUUAGCCCUACUGCUUGUCAUUCAUGUCUGUUGAUGCUGGUCAUCGUUCUCAAGACGCCUUUGAUUUGAGAGACGAGAUCACUAUGCAGGGCAACCACCAAGAGGAUUCACUUCUAUAUGAGUCCCAGGAUGAGGAUCGGUCAGUGCUCGUAGACGAGGAAGAUGAGGAAGAUGACGCGUCUUCUACACUGUCAAUUCCUAAUGAAAGCAUUGAUUUUGAUCUCGUUUACUCUUUCCACACUUUUGUUGCCACAGUGGAAGGACAGGCCAAUGUCAUGAAAGGGGACAGUCUGUUUCUGAUGGAUGACAGCAAUAGUUAUUGGUGGCUAGUUCGCGUGCUGAGAACUGGCCAAAUAGGUUACAUACCCGCAGAAAAUAUCGAAACGCCAUUCGAACGCCUUGCCAGGCUAAACAAGCAUCGUAAUGUUGAUUUGGCUGCUGCCACGCCGGCAGAGCAACAGGAGGACACAAGACAUUCUCGUGAACGAGUCCGCAAUGCCUUAACCGCAAGGAGUCAAAAUAUGGAGCAUCAUUCUCCCACUUCGAGCCAUAAGAGCGUAAUAUUCACGGGAUCUUCUGUUUAUUAUUAUCCACCAUUUGUCUGGGGCGACCCUUCACGCGCUGUGGGGGAAGAGGGUGAUGAGCCCUGGGACGAAGACGAGUUUGGCAGCGAAGGUUCUGGCGUGGGAGUUGAAGAAGUGAUGGAAAUGAUAAACGGUAUGGAGCCAGACGAUGGAAUGUCGUGGGAGGAGGAUGCGGUCGUGCAUGGGCAAAUGGACCAGGCGGAAGCCAUUCAUCUUGGAAUAACUGAUGGAUCUACUCACACCUCUGUCUCCGGAUUGCACGUAGACGAUUUUGAACCCUCCAUUGAUGCACCUUCCCAUCCCUCUUUGGACACCCAUCCAUCAUCCCUUCGCACGCAGUCAUCCCGCGAGAAACUCAUGCAUCAGCUUUCCCCAAGCCCAGCUCCCAGCUUAAGGGAGAUGUUGGAUCCUGCAGAAAUUUCCGAGACCAAGAAAGUCACUGUUACUCCUUCCAUCGCCCGUGAAGAUGAUCUUGCCCCUGCUCCCCAUAUCGCAUCGAAUGCAGUUCAGCGUUCAUUUUCACUUAGCAGUGUCGCCAGUGGGGUGAGUAGUCAGGAGAGCGCUUCAAGCAAGCGGCAACGCGAAGACAAUGCGGAUUUGGAUAGCAGCGAUUCUAGGCGGCCUCGAUCGAAGGGGGCGGAUAAAAAGUUGCGCAAAGACAGGUCUGUCAGUGGUGAUAGUCGUGAUUCCCAAGACAGCGGAGAGCCCACUUCACCGUCCGUGGAGAAGGAGAAGAAGGAGAAGAAAAAGGGCGGAUUCAUGAGUUUGUUCAGCAGCAAGAAGAAGGAUAAGAAGGAUAAAGAUGUCAAACGGUCGGCAGCGGAGAAGGAGGCUCCAGGUAGAUCUUCUACCGAUUCCAUCUCCGCAGAGAAUGGAGAGGAUCCUUUACGUCAGGAACUCUCUUCUUCCAGUGCAUCCAGACGCACCGAAUCUCCCAUCUCUAUCCACACCGCCCGCUUGCAACAGAAGGAUCAAGAGCAGCAGCAGCUGUACCAACAACAUCUCAGGAAAUCCCCGUCUAACAACCCCGAUGAAUCCUAUGUGCCUGAACCUCAGCCUUCGCUAUCCCACGGCGCCCCAUCCAUAGUUUCUGGAAACCAGCCCUCUCAAGGUGCCUUACUUUCACCAGGUCAAAGAACAUCACGUCCCGGUUCCCUAAUUCUAACCGGCGCAACUCUGGAAGGCUCCUCAGUGGUUCCUACAUUAAGUGUUCUUCGUAUUUUCGCUGGUGGAAACUUGCAAUCCGAUGCUACAUUCAAAACUGUUCUGGUGAAUGCAUCUACAACCUCAGCAGAAUUAGUCCGUCAAGGGAUGCAGCGUUUCCGACUGCCCCAUGGUGAGAAUCCGGAUGAUUACUAUCUCUCUAUCAAGCAACUAGAAGGGGAUGAGGCUCUACUCGAGCCUAAUGAACAUCCUUUACUUGCGUUUGAGCAAUUGGUGGAACGCGCCUUGAGCAUUCCUACGGUCAAACGUAGUUCUGUCGGAAGCAUCAGCAGCGUCGCGAGCAACCUGUCAAUGCAUCCCGCAAUCGCGAAGCUAGAAAUGAAUGAUUUCACAGACGAUUCCGCAGUGAAACUCUAUCUUCACCGCAGAGUCAAUUCAGUUCAGGAUCUAGGACAAUCUUCUGGGCGAGACGUGGAUUCAAACAACACUUCGAUCCAGGCUUUGAUCGAUAAUAAUGUCGGGUCUGGGUCAAAGCACCGUUUGUCGAUCACAAUAUCUGACGGACUUGGGGCAGUCUCUCCCGAGAGAUUCAACUCACCCUCUGCACGUUUCUCUCUACAAGUUGUCAUCUAUCCGGAGGACCUCCCUGAUGGAAUGGUGUUUGAUCCGCAUACAGAGGCAAUAGUUCCAAAAUCUUCGUUACAGCAACGCUCCUCUUCUUCGUCCGGUCCGUCCCCUGGAGUCCCACAGACUCACAGAAAGAAAAUUUUCGCGUUUCCGAAAAACACUACCGUUGCGGAAGUGAUAGAAGCCAGUUUGGAGAGGUUUGGUAUUGUAGAAGGUGUUGUUGAGGGUGGUGAUGACGUGGAGGAUAAACCGGUGAAGCGGAGAAGCUCGAGCAGAGUGAGGUACGGAUUGUCGGUGGCUUACUCGGAUUUGCAACAACGAGAAUUGCAGCCAUCCAGUAAAGUAUUGGACGCAUUCCUACAGCCUCCAGCGUUCAGAUAUGUUGACAGACGAUCAGCUGAACUAAGGCGACGCUCUGGAGAUGCAAUACAGAUACUGGGCACCCAGGAUGACGUACAACGGGGCGACCCCACCUUCAUACUCCGUAAAUCCUCUGGCAUUAAAAGCGGCGGUAAUGCUCGUUUUAGGGGGUCCAACCACCUGGAUGAAAUAGCCCUACAUCAGAGGUACAGGGACUCCACCGAGUCAAGCCAACUUCACGGUGCAUCGAAUCGCAGAGACUCCGAACUCGUAGUGUCUCAGACUGAUGGUUUACUUGUACGCCAAAACGUAGACCGAGGUCUGGACAUUAUCAUUCGAGGGAAAGGAGUAGUGAAGAGUGCAAGACAUGGUGGUUUUGUCCGUUACGGGUUCAUUCCACCGACGGGAGACUAUCAUGAUAUUCAUUCCAUGGUAGUCGAAGAAUGGAAAACCUUGGUGAACAACAUAAGUGGUUAUCCACAACUCAGUCCAAACGAUGACAUACUCGAUGCCCUCGUGAGAAAGCCACCCCCAGUCCUACAGGAGUUCCUCGAGAAGGCUAUGAAUGGAGUGCGGCACGACACCCUCCUCGCAGCACCACCUCUCUCUUUAAGGGGAGAUGCAUCACCUUCUAUUUAUUCAGAAAGCGGAACUCCGGCGACAUCACCCAUCCAUGGCGAGCACGAAAUGUUGACCUCUCGCAGCGCGUCCUUGGGACAAGCCACCCAUUCUGUCUCUGCCCAUUUAAACUCCAUUGUCGAGCCGAAGGGUGGGACAAGCUCUGGUGCGGGGCCAGCAUCACCGCGAUACGGAACCGCUGGGGGACGUCGCCGAGACAUUCGCCAAUCCAUGGGCUCGAUGGAUUCCGACAUAAGCCAAUAUACCUCAAAUUCUGACACAAAGGAAAUUAGCACCAAGGGAAAAGCGAGCGCUCCAACACACCAAGAGGAUGUUGGGAGACACGACUCAGGGCUUUCUCGCAUGCUUGCCAUGAUUGAACUUGGGGCUGAUCUUUCCCGCCCGCCAUCGCCCUUGCCUAUCACAAUGGUCGACAGGCAUUUUCUCGGUAUCCCACUUGCAUCGGAUAUGUUACACCCCGUGGCGCGCAACUUCUUCGAGACUUCAUUCCGUCGUGUGGAGGAGGCAGACAAGCGCUUAGACUCUUUACUUCGCAUGGCUCAAGCCAUCGAUUCAUGACCCAAUUAUCUGUAUUUAACACUUCACCCACUGGUCCAAGAUCGUUUUGUUUGUAACUUCUGAUUACAGUGCGAGAACAAUCAACUCGUUCGUGUUCAUGGGCAUCCGGAAAAAGAAAGACCUUGCCAUCUGGAUUACGCAAUGAUUGAUGUUGUGAAAGGGCCCCAAUCAGGUGGAUGGAAUAAGUCCGUGAGCGUCGGAUCCUGCUGUUCAUGAAAGUCUGGGCCUCAACAGUAUUCGAAACAUCCGCCCUUGUCGCCACUUGGGC